AUGGAAGCAAAAAGACAAUAUAAGCAAGAGGGUGAUGGAAGGGAUGUUCAAGCUCUUGUUCACGACUCAAAGCGGAGACGUGAAGAUUCACAACAAUCGGACACUGUCUGUACCAGUAAAAGUAGGAGAUCGCUAUUUCACUUGGAGCAGCAUGACAUCGCGCGGUACUUUGAAAAUUUUUCUCGAAGAGUGGUACGAGAGGAGUUGGAACACAAACUAUCGUUAAGUUGCAGACCAACUGUUAAUCAUAUUGGAACAUCUGGAACCGAAUUCUUGCAACUGGUUUUUGAGAAUGAAUUGCCAGAUACAAUUUUUACUUUCUCCAAGAUCAAAGCUAAAGAUAACAUUUAUGUUAAGAUUGCUCUUUAUGACACUAUAUCUCAGUCUAUAGUCGCUGAUGGUCCACUGUCUUCGAUCAAGAUAGAUAUUUGCGUCCUUGACAGUACUAAAUAUAAAAUCUUACGUCAAAGAGAACAUAAAGGUAAGUUACUGAAAGGAGAAACUGUUAUUACACUUAAAAAUGGAGUUGGUUAUAUCAACAACGUUGUGUUCACUGAUAACACAUGCUGGACAAGCAACCGACGCGUCGUGUUAGGAGCCAAGGUUGUGCAAUCAAAUUUGAAUGACGCGAUAAACAUCAGAAGUGGUAGAAGUAAACCUUUUGUUGUUAAGGAUAAUAGAGGAGAGUUGAAUCAGAAACACUACCCUCCAUCCCUCAAAGAUGAAAUAUGGCGUUUGAAAUAUAUAUCAAAAACUGGGAAAAUUUAUGAGCGGUUGUCUUCAGCCGGGAUAAACACCGUUGAGGAUCUGUUGCAAGAGCUUGAAACCAAUCCAACAUCUUUACAAGAGAAAUUUGGCAAAAUUUCAAAAAAGCGAUGGGAAGAAGUUAUUGAGCAUGCUAAAACUUGUGUUAUUGCUGAAGUGACAACUGAUGGACAAAGUUACCAUUCAGCUGAGAAGAAUCUCAACUCCGCCGAGAGGGAUCUGGUGCCAGUUAAGGCAAUAGGACAUGAUUCAGUGAAAACAGUCACACAAGCUACACAAUACGGUGCUCUACAUAAAGAUCUGCAGCAUCAUGCUGCAUUCCAAAUUGCUCAGCAAGAAGAAAUUUCUAGACAAAUGGAUAACUGGUCAACAGUGGGGUUUGUCCCUCAAGCAACAAUUGCUGAUGGAACCACAAGUUGUUGGACUCAACCUUACAUAUAA